UGGGAACACUAAUUGCGUUGGACAGACGGGAUGCUGCUCAUGUGGGUCGCGGGCCUCGCGCUCGGGUGGGCCGGCGUCUACGUCUUCCUGCACCUGAGCGCGGACGACGACAACGACAUCCACGUGCUGCCAGCCUUUGUCUGCAAGGAGAUCUCGUGGUUCAACGAGCGCGUCUUCGAGCUCGGGCGGCAGUACCCCACAGGGCUCAAGACGUGGUUCGCCGCAGGGAGCGUCGUCGCGGGCGCCGGCAUGGCGAUAGGCACGAUCUACAUCACAUGGACGCUCGUCAUGCUCGUCGUGCAGAAGCUCGCACGCGUCGAAGUCGACGUUCCGCUCUCGGACGCCUCGAUCAUGAUUCCGGGCGUGACGAUGCCCAUGAAUGCGACCGUCUACCUCUGGGCCACCGUCUUCCUCGCUGUUUCCUUUCACGAAUUUGGCCAUGCGCUUGCGGCCGCGCUCUGCGAAAUCCGCAUCAAGUCGGUCGGUAUCUUCUUCGCGGUCGUCUUUCCCGGCGCGUACGUGCGCUUCGACAGCUACUUUAACGUCGGUCUUCUGGACCAGAUCAAGAUCCAGAGCGCGGGCAUCUGGCACAACGCGGUCCUCUGCUUUCUCUGCGUUGUGCAGCUUCAACUACUCCCGUUCUACCUCUCGCCUUUCUUCGAUGUCAACCAAGGAAUGACAGUCAUUGCGAUUCCGGAAAUGUCGGCGUUCGAGGGCAUCGUGUCCCUUGGCGACGUCAUUGUGUCUGUGGACCACCAACCGACGCUCAAUUGGGGUCAGUGGCGCUCCGAGAUUGAUUAUCUCGCCAAGCUCGUCGAGACGAACGAGCUCAAGGAUCAUGGGUACUGCGUCCCGUCCGCUCUUCUGCAGUUGCACCAGUCCGCAAUGACCGAGUCGUCUUGCUGUCGCCCCGACACGGACAGCAACGCCGAGUGCUUCUCCUACAACCACGGUGCUCUCCAGACCUGCCUCGAUGGAAAACAAGUCGGCGACCUCUCGACGCACCGCUGUCAUGGUGACGCGUCGUGUGCGGACGACGUGCACACAUGCGUGAUGCCCCGUAUCCAGUCGAUGCAAACGCUCAUGCGUCUUGCCUUCCAGGACGGCCGCGUCGUCAUGUUGCAUGGGUUCCCCGCCGACCUCCACGCCGAGCUCGAGGUGAUGGCGUACACAACCCCGUUGUCACCGCUGUGGUGGAUUCAAGUACCCCAGAGUCUGUACCGGUUUUGGAGCUUCCUGCUCAACAUCUCGGGCACGAUUGGCUUUUUCAACGCGCUGCCGAUACACUAUUUUGACGGGAGCCACCUCUGCGCCAGCUACCUCCAGUACUGGAUUGCCGACGAAACGCAUCGACAGCAAGUGCUCUCGUUCGUGCUCUACGCUGGGGACGCCGUCGUUGUGAGCACUUUUCUAUUACGCUUGAUCUAAUAAACAACAAAACGUUACUAAGUUCCUGGCGCCGCCGUAA